AGACAAUAACAAACGGUGGCUAAUUACAAUUUCAUGUAAAAAAACAAAAAUAAUUAAAAAAUUAUACUUUUGUGCAGUUGUCUCGUGACUUUAAUCUGCAGCACUAAGCUUUAAAGACUCUAUACGUACAAAAUAACUAUUAUGCACCAUUGUUAUUACAGGAAAGAAUAAUAAUGUGCUUUCAGAAAUGAGCUAGAAGCUUUCGGUAUAAGAAUUGUGGUAUAAGAAUAUGUGUGAAUGCGAAUUCGGAAGAAGUAGAAUAAUAUGAAAACAAUUUCUUUCGUUCUCGAUAUAAAAUCCAAUUCACAGAUUGAUAUUAAUAUGUGUACUUUAAUUCUGGAAAAAGAAUUUCCAAAUCCAUAAAAGAAAUAUAUACGAAAUCUCAUUAAUGAUGUGCACGAAUGACUCUACAUUAUCGACCCCGAUCAAGUUUAAGAGGCGGUCCAGCAUCCCCUUAAUAUCCUUAUCUUCUAUAGGGCGCGCUUUUCUUCUCCUUUCCCUAGAGUUCGUGAUACGAGAAAAUGACGGUCAGACAUAGCCAACGAUCCGUUGCUAGGACAAGUCUGUGUCUGCUAGCGGCAUUCAUGCUGUUUUAUGCUACAAAUGGCAACGUCAACACCUACGCGUUUCCGCAAGUGGAAUCAAUGUUGCCGGGCUUCUUCUAUGGCAAUCCCGCGAAAAAAACGGAAAAUAUUAUGUUGGCAAACCGCCUGAAGCAAUUGAUGGAGCAGAAAAACCGGAUAGUCAAGCAAGAGCACGAGAUCAACGACGAGCAGAUCGAAAUUCAGACAAUUCUAGAGGCAAAAGAGCGAGAGCAGGAGCGCGCGAUAGAACAAUCGCCGCCAAAUUACCCCGUCAGAGAACCGGAACUAUUGCCGAGAUCAAAAUCAUUUAUCUACGACUCGCAGGACUUGAACAAACGAGGUAUGAAACAAGGCUUGCCACCGUGCGAUUUUAAGAACUACUGUCCUUUAGAAUAAACGGAAGUAAAUCAGAAGCGAAUGGCGGUUGCAGCGGAGGAGCUGAGCAGCUACGAGAAGACUUCAUUAUGCUAAGAAAAUGAUUGAGUAAAAAAUCAACAUCGCUUGCCAUACGCCCAAUUAGAAAUUGAAACGAGGAAAAAAUAACAACAACGUGCGAUCGAUUUUUAAUUAUUUCAAUUUUGGCUUACGCUAACAAAUAUCUCGUAACGCUUCGCGAUAUCAUCUUCCUCUUCUCUUUCCCACCUGUAAACAUUAAUCAAUCUUCUUGCGUUUAAUUUGUAAUUAAAUUUGUAAUUAAAUUCUUGCUAAUGCUUUCUUCAUUUUCACCUUUGUAUGUCAAAUAAACGCAUUUUUGCAAAUCCGAUUCGUCUGGAAAUUCAAACAAAAAAAAGAACACAUCUCGUUACGCAAAUCGACACAUAAUUAAUGUUGACAAUACUGUAAUAAAUUGUAUCAUCAGAAAUCUC